AUGAACCUCCGGAAGCUGCACAAAGCCCCUGGAAGGAAGAUUUGGUCAAUGGAAAGGCCGAUGAAUGCCCACCAUGUCACUGUAUCUCAAUCGUGCAGCUCUACGUAUUGUCGUAGUGGGAUUGUGUGGCUUUUUGAGUGGAAGUUCGCGGAUAUUGCUUUGGAAUGUGAACGAUUCCUCGGACCGAAUGGCUUUGCAGGUGUUCAAAUUUCAUCACCAGCUGAGAAUUCAAUCGUUACGAACCCCUUGAGGCCAUGGUGGGAGCGCUACAACCCAGUCUCCUACAUCAUUGCCUCCAGAUCAGGCAAUGAACAGGAUUUUAGAGAUAUGGUUACUCGUUGCAAUAAUGUCGGAGUACGGACUUAUGUUGAAAUCAUCAUGAAUAACAUGGGUGGUUAUCCUAAUAUGGUAGGAACUGGAGGAUCAACAGCAGAUGGUCCAAGCAGGAGUUUCCCAGCUGUUCCCUACACAUCUGCGGAUUUUCAUGCAACAUGCUCCAUAACUACAAUGCUCCUGCCUUUCCUAAUACGCAAUUGUGCCGUUGAAGGCUUACCAGAUCUUAAUCAGAGCGGAGCACAUAUCAGAGAUAUGAUUGUGGGUUACCUUAAUCAUCUAAUUUCACUCGGCGUUGCAGGAUUUCGUAUAAACAGUGCAAAGUUCGUCUGGCCAUCUGACCUUAAGGUUAUCUACGACAGGACUGAUAAUUUGAAUACAAACUACGGCUUUGCUCCCAAUAGUCGUCCGUUCAUCUUCCAGGAUGUUGCAGACUAUGGACUUGAUGCGAUUUCCAAGUAUGAAUACUCCUCAAUGGCGGUUGUUUCGGAGUACAAGUUUCCCCUCAAUCUUGGUCGCAUUUUCCGCCAUCUGGAUGUUUUGAGUGUCCUAACUAACUGGGUGCAGACUUUUGGACUUCUUCCAUCUGAUGCGGCUUUAGUCUUCGUUGACAGUCCCGAUAGCGAGCGUGGGAGUCAAGGAAGCGAAAUCCUAACCUAUAAAGAUGGCAAGGCGUACAUUUUGGCUCUAAUCUACAUGUUAGCCGUCCCCUAUGGCCAUCCGAUCAUUAUGUCUUCCUACGAAUUUGACGAUGUGAAUUCUGGCCCACCAAUGGAUGCAAAUCAAAAUAUUGUCUCGCCUACAAUAAAUCCCGAUGGCAGCUGCGGGAGUGGUUAUGUGUGUCAGCAUAGAUGGACUCCGGUGUCCAGUAUGGUGGCUUUCAGUAACAACGUUGGCAAUGCUCCAGUUACGAAUGUAUGGACAAAUGGUCAAAACCAAUUGGCUUUCGCUCGGGAUGGAGUUGGUUUUGUGGUCAUCAACAGUAACGCAGCGGAUUUGGGUGUAAGUCUACAGACUGGUCUUGUAGGUGGAGUAUACUGCAACGUCCUCGAAGGACCUAUAGUUGAUGGAACUUGCGCUGGACAGACUGUUGUUGUUGGAGAUGAUGGAGUUGCUGCAAUUACCAUAACAACACAAGACAACCUCGGAGCUAUUGUACUUGAUGUUAAUCAACAACUACUUAAUGGUGAAGCAAAGAAAUUUAGACAAGAACAUCCGUCCUUGUAUUAA